GUAGUAGACAGUGAUUACUUUCCUGUAAAAAACUUUAAAGUGUUCUGAAAAUGUCAUUUCAAAGAUUUCUGUCUAGGUCAAAUACUGUUCUCAGAGGAAGACUAAUAUCAUUAAGCCCUCAGGGAUGUAUUUAUAUGCGACAUGGUAAGGAAUCCAACAGCGCUCAUUUCUCAACAUCGCAGUCAUGGAGAGCCUGUUUUUAUUCAGACCCUGUGGAGACCGUCCAGGACAUUCCUAAUGGCUCCAAGCUUCUAGUUGGAGGCUUUGGUUUGUGUGGGAUCCCGGAGAAUCUAAUCAGUAGCCUGCUGAAAACAGGAGUAAAAGACAUCACAGCUGUGAGCAACAAUGCUGGGGUUGACAACUUUGGCCUGGGCAUGCUUCUGAAAAGCAAACAGAUAAAGCGCAUGAUAUCGUCUUAUGUUGGGGAAAACGCAGAGUUUGAGAGACAAUAUCUUUCAGGCGAGCUGGAACUAGAGCUUACACCUCAGGGCACAUUAGCAGAGAGGAUCCGGGCUGGUGGUGCAGGAAUCCCAGCGUUUUUUACUCCCACCGGAUAUGGCACUCUCAUCCAGGAGGGCGGCUCGCCCAUUAAAUACAACAAAGAUGGGACCAUUGCCAUUGCAAGUGAAAGAAGAGAGGUUCGAGAGUUUAAUGGCAGGCAUUAUGUCAUGGAAAAGGCGAUCACUGGUGACUUUGCUUUGGUAAAGGCCUGGAAAUGUGAUAGAGCAGGAAAUCUUAUUUUCAGGAAAACAACCCGCAAUUUCAAUCAGCCUAUGUGUAAAGCAGCCAAAGUCACCAUAGUGGAGGUCGAAGAGAUUGUUGAUAUUGGAAGUUUUAAUGCAGAAGACAUUCACAUUCCCGGCAUCUAUGUAGACCGCGUGGUGAAAGGAGCCAGCUAUGAAAAAAGAAUCGAGAAAAGGUUGGUUCAAUCAGGCAAGGAGGAGAAGCCUAAAGUGAAGCAGGAGUCAGAUAUAACCCGGGAGAGAAUCAUCCGGCGAGCUGCACUGGAGUUUCAGGAUGGCAUGUAUGCUAAUCUUGGUAUUGGGAUCCCUAUGCUGGCCAGCAAUUACAUUAGUCCUGAUAUCACUGUGCACUUGCAGAGUGAGAAUGGAAUUUUAGGACUGGGCCCUUAUCCAACAGAAAGUGAAGUGGAUCCUGAUUUAAUCAAUGCUGGUAAAGAGACGGUAACAGUUUAUCCAGGAGCUGCCUACUUCUCCAGUGAUGAAUCCUUUGCCAUGAUCAGAGGUGGUCACAUUGAUCUGACCAUGCUGGGAGCAAUGCAGGUUUCCAAGUAUGGAGAUCUGGCCAACUGGAUGAUCCCAGGUAAAAUGGUGAAGGGGAUGGGUGGAGCGAUGGACCUGGUGUCUAGUGAUGCCACAAAAGUUGUGGUCACUAUGGAACAUACUGCCAAGGGUGGGAAGCAUAAAAUCUUAGACAAGUGCACACUUCCUCUGACUGGAAAACAGUGUGUUGACCGUAUAAUCACUGAAAAGGCGGUGUUUGAUGUAGACAAGAGCAAGGGUUUAACUCUCAUUGAGAUUCUGGAAGGAUUGACACCAGAUGACAUCAGAGCCUGUACCGGGACAGAGUUUGAGGUGUCGCAAAACUUACGACCAAUGCAGCAGAUAUGAGGAUUUGUAGCGUUGAGCUUCUGUCAGUCUGCUGAGACACAGCCAGAUGGAGACAGAGGACUGGACUGCGCACAUUUGAAAAAUGUCUUUGCAUUUCUUUUUUUAUGUCCUGCAUUUCUGAAUGUGGCAUAAAAACCUAAUUAUGUCACAGUAAUUGAAAUAAAGAAAGAGUAAUCUUGUACCACAUUGCUAUAAGAAUACAAAGAGAAAGAAAUAUAUUUGUUCUUUGUUACUGUCCCACUAAACAAAAUAUUGGAAAAUACCAGUCAAAAUAAAAUGCUAUUUAAAA